AGGCAAACUGUGAGUGGGAGUGUCAGUGGAAGUGGUAGCAGUUAUACUGGCUCCAGCUCCAGAUCCAGAUCCUCCUCCAACUCGCUCUCACAAUCCGGAUCCAGAAAGUCCAGGAAAUCCAGAUCGCUGAGCGUGAGCAGCGUGUCGUCGGUGUCAUCGGCGUCCUCCAGCAGCAGCUCCGUGCGCAGUGCGGACUCGGAUGACAUGUACGCCGACCUGGCAAGCCCGGUUUCAUCGGCCAGCUCCCACUCGCCCGCACCCAACCACCCCCGCAAGGAGCGAGCAGCGGUGAGGGAUCGGCCUCCGCACGGAAGAGACAAGACCCGAGAAAGACCGUCAAAGAAAGACGAGCCCUUCAGGGAUGAUCGCCGGAAGCUGGACCCGUCUGGAGCCCCGCCCAGAGGAGGAAACCCUGUGCCCAAAUCAGGACCUGGUAGCCGGGGGGGCCACCCGGCACAUCCCCCUCCAGGCAACAUGGGCCCCCCUGGAAGCUAUGGAGGUUCAGGUUCCCACAAAGACAUCAAACUCACCCUUCUCAACAAGCAGCAGGGUGAUAAGGGCAACAGGAAGAGGUACCUGCCCUCAGACAAAGACAGGCUGGGGUCUCCCGUCAGCAAGAGAAUGGCGAUGUCUCCAGACAGAGUCCGUGAUAAAAGGAUACCGGGUCGACCCCCGCUCUCCCCUCGAAUGGAUCGACCCAGAGGCCAAGGGCCCCGACCCUUGCCCCCCCACGGAGACAGAAAACGUCCUCUGUCACCUGCCCCGAAGUCAUCCGGCAAAGCCCCCACGGUGCCGUCAGGCAAACCCGCCGCUCCAGGCUCUGCUUCGGCCACCGGCUCCGGCUCCGGCUCGGCGUCGGGCUCCAACAAACCCAGCAACACACUGUCGCGCCGCGAGGAGCUGCUGAAGCAGCUGAAGGCCGUGGAGGACGCCAUCGCACGGAAGCGAGCGAAGAUCCCCGCCAAAUAGAAGGACGCCCGCUCCUCGCCUGUCUGCCUGAGCUCCUGCGCUGAGGCAACAGUGAGGAUCACAGGGCGGAGCGUUCUUCCCCCCCCCCCCUCUCUCCGCUGUUAGUGGAUUUGUAAAAAUGUUGUUUGGUUCAUGCUGCCACAGAAAACAUCUCCUGCUCGUCUGCCUUCAGAGGUUUAUCUCAGUUUCACUGGAGAGCGCCGCUCGCUCCCACACGUCGGACGUUUGCUCCCCCG